AUGUCCGAGCCUUACAGGCCUCACCCGGCGAUACCUCUGUCACCUCCCUCUCCACCAGCCGAAGGGGUCAAGGAGGGAACCAAGUCACAUUUCCCUGCAUACACGCCCUAUUCGCCUUCCCCACCGUUUAUGUCAGUCGCCACGAAAAGCUAUGGCCAAUCUUUCGCAGAAACACAAGCAUCGUCGGUGUCGACUAUGGCGCAGCGAUCGCCAUCUCCUGCAACCUCCACCCCCAUGUCUACACAGGUAUCGCAGCAGCCGAUAACAGCCACAACUUCGUUCCCGACACCCGAUAAUAGUGUUAUCGGGCGCAGUAGGAAAGUGCCAGACGAGUUUGAUGAAGAACAUAUCAGCAAACGGCAGAGGAUUGCUUCUGAGAUUACCAGAAUACACGACCGGUCCAAUCAUGAUCUCGAUCAUCAUCUUCGAUCUCCUGCCAGUAUCUCUUGGCCAAAGGAGAUUGAAUCGCAAGCCUCUGAUCAGCAGCCUAUGGCAGAGGGCAGUAAUCCUAUACAAAGCAUUCAGCCAUCCCCAGUACCGGACAGGGCAACCCAGCCUGCAGUAGUUGAAUUGAGCCUUGAACAGCUUCAGAAGAAUGUCGGCGAAACCUUUCAUCUCUCUCUUCCUCGCGUCCGACCUGAUCCUGGCCAACAUUUACUGUCCAGGUAUGGACUCAGCGGCUUACAUGCCAAAGUCGCCCGUACCGAUCCGGUCACGCAUGAGAAAAUCAACAAGUUACGAAAGUCCUAUGAAGGGCAGAUCAAGAACUUUGCAUUGGCCGGCAGGAACAAGCCAACGAAAGAUGAAAUUCCAGAAGGACAAUGGAGCAGUCUGAACAUGAUGAUGCUCGAACCCGAAGAGUCGUGGCAUGCCAGUAAGGUGAUGGGCAAGAAGAUCGAAGUCACGCGUGAUUUGGAAGCAAGAGUGCACAAGGCGAUUGUUCUGCAGCCUGGCCGGAUGAAGAAUCAUGAGCAUUGGGAAGACCUGUUGGGGCAUGAAAAACCUAGAGCCCCUCCGGUACCGGACCCAGCCGGCAGGAAAGCCCCAUCUGGUGCGGUUCAGCGACCACAGAUCAAUGGAAAUGCUGUAAGGACCAUGUCGCACGCUGCUGGGGAAGGCGUCCGACCACGAAGGGUGGGCAAGAAACGCAGCUAUGCCGACAAUAGCUUUGAGGGAUACGGUGAUGGAUUCGUGGAUGACGAGAAUGUGGAUAUGGACCAGGGGUUUCUAUCUAAUAGUGAAGAUGGAAGUCAUGGUCCAGGGAGGAAGAAGCGGAAGAAGGAUCAUUCUCUCGGCAAUCCAGCCACAAUCUACCGCGGACCAUCUAGCUAUGGUGUUGGUGGUUGGAACGGAGGCGACCGGUGA